CUCAACUGGAAAACUAUAAAACCUGAAAAUCCUCCUGUGCUUUCUCCUCUUCUGCUUCCAGUUACUACCCCAAAAGGAUCAGCUGAAGGUAAUCAAUUGGACAGAACAACCUAAGAAGAAAGAGUCACACCAGGCCAGGAGCCAAUAGGAAAAGAUGAAAACUCUGCCACUGCUAGUGUGCAUCUGUGCACUCAGUGCUUGCUUCAAAGUCAGUGAAGGUCAAAGAAAGGAAUGGAACAUAUAUCACAGAAGGAAUCAUGACCAUCGUGGAUAUAUAUUAGACCACCAAUCACCGUUUCAUUCUCAGUUUCGACCUGACAGGGCACAAUUCUAUCACUUUCUUCAUCACCGCAGAUACUACAGACCUUUACCUUCCAUGUGGGAAAGAUACAGAGGCCAAAAACAUUACUGGUCCCCUAAGUGUUUAGAUAAAAAUAACACCGUCAUUGAGAAUAAUACUUCAGAGGCUACCACCCAAGUUCCACUUAUAAAUCUCACAUCUAAUUCUGUCAAAACUACUCCCUCUCCAGAUGUGGAACCUACUCAGAUUUUUGUCACCACAUCUGCAAGAGAAAAUACUGGCACCACAGACCUGUUUGCUAUGACAUCAACACAACAACCCCCAAAUACACAAACACCACAACCUUCUUCUGCCUCAAUAGAGAAUACAGUUUCCCCUGCUACUGAACAAGAAACUUUAUCUCCUACUCAAAAGGCAUUUCUUCAAUUCUUGCAAUAUGUAGAUAACAUAGUAAAGACCCUUUCUGAUCUUAUAAAGCGUUCAUAG